AUGGCUACUACAAACAGCGGACAAGAAACCGAAAAGGUUAACACUAACAUUGUUACCCUCACCCGCUUCCUCACUGAGGAGCAGGCCAAGCACCCAGAGGCCACUGGUGACUUCACUCUAUUGUGUCACGCUCUCCAGUUCUCCUUCAAGUCAAUUGCCUACUACAUUCGACGCGCUACCCUAGUCAACCUCACCGGUCUGGCUGGUUCUUCCAACAUCACCGGCGACGACCAGAAGAAGCUCGAUGUCAUCUCCAAUGACCUCUUCAUCGAGGCCAUGCGCUCAUCAGGCAAGUGUGCGCUCCUCGUCUCUGAGGAGGAGGACGAGAUCAUCUACUUCAAGGAUGCUCAUGACGCUCACUACGCCGUCGCUUGCGAUCCCAUUGACGGAUCUUCCAACUUGGACGCCGGUGUCUCAGUCGGUACCAUUUUCGCUAUUCACAAGCUCCCCGAGGGCUCCAAGGGUGUCAAGGAGGAUAUCCUGAAGCCCGGUACUGAGCUGCUCGCCGCCGGUUUCACCAUGUACGGCGCCUCUGCCCAGCUUGUCAUCACUAUGCGCGGUGGAACCGUCAACGGUUUCACUCUCGACAACGGUGUUGGCGAGUUCAUUCUGUCUCACCCCGACAUGCGCCUCCCCAAGUCGCGCGCCAUCUACUCCGCCAACGAGGGUAACUCUCUGUACUGGGAGGACAAGACCAUCAACUACUUCAACUCUCUAAAGCAAGCCCAAGACGACGGCAAGCCCUACAGCGCGCGAUACAUCGGUUCCAUGGUUGCCGAUGCUUACCGAACUCUGCUCUACGGAGGUAUCUUUGCUUACCCCGCCGACAAGAAGAGCCCCAAGGGCAAGCUCCGUAUCCUGUACGAGUGCGCGCCCAUGGCUCUCAUCUUUGAGAAUGCUGGUGGUCAAGCUGUCGACAGCAAGAUGAACCGUAUGCUCGAGGUGGUGCCCGAGCACAUCCACGACAGGGCUGGUAUCUUCAUGGGUAGCUACGACGAGGUCGAGAAGGUGAAGAAGUUCCACAGCUGA